AUGAAAUUAUAUAAAUAUUUAUAUAAUAAAUAUAAUAAUAAUACAGAUUUAUUUAAUACAGUAAGAUUGAUAGGAGGUUUAAAUAUUAAUAUGGUAAAUAAAUUAAUUUUUAAGCAAGAUAAUUUUAUUUUCUUAUAUAUUUUUAGAUUAAAUGCUCUAUCGAUUUUAAAUAAAUUUAAACAACCUGAUUGGUGCUUUUAUGAAUUACCUGAAUUUGCUUUUGAUGAUAUUUCUUAUUAUUCAAUCCCUUUAAAUGUUUACACUAAUAAAAAUAAAUAUAAAUCAAUUUUAUCUAAAUUAGGAUUAGAAUUAAAAUUUUCAGAAAAUUUAAUUUUAGAUGUAAUAUUUGAUAGUGUAUUAUUAUUAAAUUUAACUACUUUCUUUUUAAUUAAAAUGGGAUUAUUCUUUUUAUCUUUUUUUCAAAGUAUAAUAUUUUAUCCAUAUUUAAUUUUUUCUUAUUUAGGGUCGAUUGUUAGUAAUACAGAUAAUUUUUUUUUAACUAUAAAUUCUAUUAUUUUUAAUGAAGGAUCUUUUUGUUUUGUUAUGAAAGAUUUAAAUUCUAAUAUUAAUUUAACAACAUAUUUUAGAACUCAUUCAGAAAAUUUCGCUCAAUUUGAAAGAACAUUAAUAGUUUUAUCGGAAAAUUCAAAAUUAAUUUAUUUUGAAGGUUGUUCAGCUCCUAUGUUUUUAGAAUCUCAAUUACAUAUAGCUAUAGUUGAAUUAUUUAUAAAAACAAAAGCUAAUUUAAAAUAUUCUACAAUUCAAAAUUGAUAUAGAGGUAAUCAAUUAGGAGAAGGUGGUUUAUAUAAUUUUACAACUAAACGGGGAUUUUGUAUGGAUAAAAGUUUUUUAAAUUGGAUACAAAUUGAAAUAGGGUCAGUAAUAACUUGGAAAUAUCCUUCUACAUAUUUAAUAGGAAAUAAAUCUUUUAGUAAUUUUUUUUCUUUAGCAAUGCUUUCAGAUUAUCAAGUUUCUGAUACUGGAACUAAAAUGUUACAUAUUGGAAAAAAUACAAAAAGUUUUAUUUUAUCUAAGAGUCUUUCUUUUAAUUUUUCUUUUUAUACUUAUAGAGGUUUAGUUACAAUUUUUAAAACAGCUCUUAAUAGUUAUAAUUAUACUGAAUGUAAUUCUUUAUUAAUAGGAUGUAAUGCUUUUACAGCUACAAUACCUUAUACUAUUAUUAAUAAUUUUUCAGCAUAUAUUAAUCAAGAAGCUACAAUCUCUAAGCUUGAAUUAGAUUUUUUAUUCUUUUUAUUACAUAGAGGGUUAAAUUUAAAAUCUACGUUAAUGAUUUUAAUUUAUGGUUAUUGUUAUAAUAUAUGUUCUAAAAUUUCUUUUGAAUUAGAAUUAGAAGUUCCUCUUUUAAUUGUAGCAAGAGCACAAAAAUUAUUUUAUUAA